UAAAAACCAACAACGAAAGCUAUCAGUACUCUCACUCUCUUUCUCUCUCUCUAGUCCUGUACAAAUCUCAUUAAAGGAACUCUAUCUCUCUCUCCCUCUCCCCAUCGUUCUCCGAUAGGAACUUGGAAAUCCGACCGGAACUAGUUGGAAGUUUCAGAGAACCAAGAUAUCUCUCCGGCAAGCUUGGCGGCAAUGCCGAUCCUGCGAUCGCUGUUACUGCUUUUUCUUCUGAAUUCAGCUCUUCUGGUUUCUGCUAAGAGAUCCAAAGACGGCACGAGUUCGUGGAAGACGUUGAGCGGAAGGGAUGUGGAGGAAAAUUAGGGGAGGGCGAUUCCUGAUUGACUGAGUUGCUGAUACUCUCCAAUGGAAAUGCACCUUUAGUUGUUGCAAGGGGUGGUUUUUCAGGGUUGUUUCCUGAUUCCAGUUAUGCUGCAUACAGUUUGACCCUGAUGACUAGUUUAUCAGAUGUGAUCUUAUGGUGCGAUGUACAGUUGACGAAAGAUGGAGCUGGGAUCUGCUUCCCAACCCUCAGUCUAGAUAACUCUUCUAACAUUGCAAGUGUUUUCCCAAAUGGCAGUGUCUAUUCUGUGGAUUAUACUCUUAAUGACUUAUCCAAUGUCUACUUGACUCAAGGAAUUUAUUCUCGAACUAAUAAGUUUGAUGGGAAUAUGUUCAAUAUUCUUACUGUUGAAGAUUUAGUAUCCCAAAUCAGACCACCUGGAUUGUGGUUGAACAUUCAGAACGAUGCAUUCUUCAGGCAGCAUAAUUUGAGAAUGCGAAGCUUUGUGCUUUCUGUAUCAAAACGUGUUAUUGUUAAUUAUAUCUCAUCACCGGAGGUGGGUUUCCUGAAAAGUAUUGCUUCACGUAUAGGAACCAAGACGAAAUUGGUUUUCCAUUUUCUCGGAAAGGUUGAUAUUGAACCAUCAACUAACCAAACUUAUGGUUCACUUUUGAGCAAUCUUACAUUUAUUAAGACAUUUGCCUCUGGAAUUCUUGUUCCCAAGACUUACAUAUGGCCUGUGGAUAGUAAUCUAUAUUUACAAUCACCUACAUCUGUUGUGUCGGAUGCUCAUAAUGAAGGACUGGAAAUUUUUGCCUCGGACUUUGCAAAUGAUGCAGUUUUUAGCUACAACUACAGCUAUGACCCCAUAGCUGAGUAUCUUUCAUUCAUUGACUAUGGUAAUUUCUCUGUUGAUGGUGUGCUGUCGGACUUCCCUAUAACUCCAUCAGAGGCCAUAGGUUGCCUUUCUCAUAUAAGCAAGAAUGGUACUGGACAAGUACCACCAGUGGUUAUCACACACAAUGGAGCUAGUGGAGUCUACCCUGGCUGUACAGAUGUUGCUUAUCAGCAAGCUGUUGAAGAUGGUGCUGAUGUUAUUGACUGUUCUGUUCAAAUGACAAGUGAUGGAAUUCCCAUAUGCUUGGGCUCUAUAAAUCUUAUAGAGGGCACGACAGUUGCUCAAUCACAGUACAGCACUCGUUCUACUCAUAUUCCAGAGAUACAGACAUCCCCUGGAGUUUUUGCUUUCAACCUCACAUGGAAAGAGAUUCAAGAAGGCUUGUCGCCUACUAUAUCGAAUCCAUUCUUGGAGUUCAGGCUAUUCCGGUAUCCAGCACAUAAAAAUGUUGGAAAGCUUUUCAAACUGGAUGAAUUUUUAACCUUUGCAAAGAACAAACCUCUUUCUGGGGUCUUGAUCAGUGUAGAGAAUGCAGCGUACCUUGCAGAGUAUCUGGGUCUAAGUGUAAUUGAUGCAGUUAUUGAUUCCUUGGACAAGUCUGGUUACAAUAACCAUACAAUCCAGAAAGUAAUGAUCCAGUCCACCAAUAGCUCUGUUCUGAAGGUAUUUAAGGAGAAAACUAGCUAUGAGCUUGUAUACCAGGUUGAUGAAACUAUCGGUGAUGCCCUUAACUCAUCCAUUGAGGACAUCAAGGGAUUUGCCAAUUCUGUGUUGAUCAACAAGAAGACCGUCUUUCCAGACAAUCAGGCCUUCCUCACUGGUGGUGUUACUGAUGUUGUAGAGAAGCUUCAUUCGCAUAAAAUAUCUGUCUAUGUACAUUUGUUCACUAAUGAGUUUGUAUCUCAAGCAUGGGACUUCUUCUCAGACCCAAUGGUCGAGUUAAAUACAUUCGUUAGCUCUGCUAAAAUUGAUGGAGUCAUCACCGAUUUCCCAGGGACUGCCAUUUCAUAUAGAAAGAACAAGUGUUUAAACAUGGGAAAUAAAACACCAAGUUACAUGCUCCCAGUUUCUCCUGGUGGUCUCAUGCAAGUCAUCACUGCUGACUACUUGCCACCAGCUGAGGCUCCAAACCCGGUCCUGACUGAUGCUGAUGUUAUAGAGCCACCUUUGCCUUCUGUUGUACCGAAAACACCCUCUACAGUAGGAGGGCAAGCAGCAACUCCAACUGCAGCUAUUCGAACCUCAAAUGGGCAGCCACGGAGUGCCUCUGGUUUCUUCCGAUCAUUUUUUGUUGUGGUGCUUGCAUUUCUUCUAAUCUGAAGUAGGAACACCGAUCGUCACCUUCGCCUCUUGCAUUUCUAUUGUCUAUGGCAAAGCUCGAUGCAUUGCUUAUGCUGUUUUCAGCCUGGCGCUUGACCCAUACCAUAUGAUCAUCCAAGCGUUGUGCUCUCCUUUCCUUUAGGUUGCAAAUAGUUAGUAAUUUUCGUUGAAUGUCAUUAUCCAUUUUAUUUUCUUCCAUAAUUUACAACAUUUUUAUUUAGUGUAGCUCCAUCCAUCCUCCCAUAUCUGAGACCAUAGACAGCAGUAAGCCAUUUUUCUACUCCGGAAAUUCUUUAAAACUCAGGAUUGUAUUACUAUAUAUUCUUUUGUAAUUAGAGGUCGUGUUGGUUACUUUCUA